UAAAGCCGAGUUUACACCGACCGCGCUCUUAGGAUGUGACGUCAACGAAAUCAACAAGUCGGGGAAACUUUAAUCAGUGUCAACUUCGAUUCUUCAACGGGAAGGUUCGGCUCGUCGUUCCCUGAAAUAUGCGCUCGUUUAGUUUCGUUUAAAGCGGCGUUUGUAUUCCCAUCGACAUGGUUGUUUCGGGAAAUGAUAGUAUUGAGUUUGUUGUUUGUGAAAAGGCGUUUUUAUGCUUGAAACAACGGCAAAGACGUGUUGAAAGUUUAUACAAUGUGUCCGUAACGAGCGACGGCCUCGAAGGGGAAUUGAGAUGGGUAAAAGUGAACGGAGAGGAGAAACAACGCAUGAAAGCCAAGGAAUAUAUAACAUCAAUGGGCAAUCCAGAAUACGAGAAGGUACUUGACAUUGGCCAGCUAAGCUUGCAGUCACAGCAAGCAAAUUUGAGAGAUGUAGUGUUUGUAUUAGAACAAGAAUGCUCAGCGAGUAUUGAGCUUAUUGACAAGAAGUCUGUUCGCGUUUCUGGUGGUAAGAAUGCCUUGGCAAAAGCGGAAUUGUAUUUGAACAAUUUACUGUCGAAUAUAGAAAAUGCAGAGCUGGAAUUACCUUUAAAAGAACUCGGCACGAGAGCUCUAGUUCGCGAGAAACAUCGGUGAGCGACGAUUUUGUGACAAUGGAUCCAGUGGAUGAUUUGAUUUUAAGUCUUGGAGAUGUUGGCAAUGAUGAAAUGAUAGAUACCGAUGCUUCUGUUAUCAAGGAGAACAUCAAUCCAAUGGUACAAGAAACAUCGGAGGAUUUCGCCGCGAAACUGGGCUACAGUAAGGAUUUGUAUGCGCAAGCUGUGAAGAAAGUAGGCAAAGAAGCUGGCCGCAACGAGUUGUUAAAUGAACUGGUAAAACUGAAAAAUUCUCGUAAGGAAUUGAACGAAGAAAUUCCAAAGGAACGGGUUGAUCGAAGACGAAGUUCGAUUUCAACAAUACCCGUUUCUAGACAGCUUCGACCGAUUAUUGUUGAUGGAUCGAAUGUGGCCAUGAGCCAUGGUAAGCAAAAGUUUUUCUCCUGUAAGGGCAUUCAGAUAGCUGUGGAUUGGUUCAUUUUGCGUGGUCACAAAUCCAUAUAUGUGGUCACGAGAUGGAGAAAAGAAUCUCCAUCAGAGAGCAACCUGAUUUCUGGUCAGGAAGUGUUGAAGAUCCUUGAAGGUGCUGUGAGCAUGAUUUAUACCCCUUCAAGAACAGUGAAGCAGAAGCGCAUUGCUUGUUAUGAUGAUCGUUACAUCCUACAGAUUGCUUGUGAAAGAGAUGGAGUGGUUGUUUCAAAUGACAACUUUCGAGAUUUAUACCUGGAAGAUCGACCUGAAUGGAAGAAGAUCAUUGAGGAACGGGUGUUGAUGUAUUCAUUUGUGGAUGACAUGUUUAUGCCACCAGAUGAUCCUCAUGGUAGAAAUGGUCCUCAUAUUGAUGAGCUUUUAUCUUUUGGUGGCUCAACAAAAACAAAGGUGUGCCAUUACGGACGGCAUUGCACAUAUGGGCGGAAUUGUAAGUAUGCUCAUCCAGAGAGAGAUGAAGGUAUCCUUCGAGACACACCAUCAAUUGUUCCCCGUCCAUAUUCAGAACCUGUACCUCAUACAGAUGAUGACUUUCUAAGCGAAAAUUUUAAGCGCCUGAGCAUGCCAGACAUCAACCCAAAUCAACCACCGCCAAUUAUAACUCGCUCCAGACAUAUUGCUCAAAUGGCUCCAGCGCUUCCGAUGAGGGGACCCAGGCAACAUGCACCACCACUUCCGCCAAGAACAACAAUCCACGGGGGGAUUCAUGUAACUGAAAAUCCUUACGCACCAUUGCCAAUAAGUAUGGAACAACAACAAAUGAUGUACUUGGCACGUUCACAACAGCCCUGUCUUCCUCCAAGAAGAAAUCAAAAUUAUGAUGCAUUGCCAUUUCCGUGUCAAAUGGUAUCUAUCCCACCACAUGCACAGCAUCACCAGUACUAUAAUUUGCCUCCACAGCCAGGGGCUUACAUUGCAAAUACUAAUCGAAAUCUUCGUAGGGGUGGACCCUACGACAACCUACCUCCAGAUGGCCAAAUGCCAGUGUACCCGCCUAGAAACCAUGCUAUAUAUCAGCAACGUUUUUACAAAUCAAGAGCACCACCUGUUGAUGAAAGUGAGGAAGAUACUCCUCCCCUCCCAGAAAGAAAGCAAGGUUGCUACCAUAAACAUAUGUAUGAACCAGAAAUUUUGAGAAGUCUUCCAAAGGCUGUCCAGUACCAAAACAACGGAACAGAAUCCAUAAUGCACACAAUGGUCAAUGUUGCUCAGGGUUAGAGCAUAUGAUUGGUUAAAAAUAUAUUUAAAAUUGGGUAUUAAAGAGGUAUUUAUAUGUAUAUUGUUCAUUGUGCCAGCUGUUGUACCAAUUAUAAAUAUUCCAAAGAUAAAAAAAAUGAAAUGUGAAAAAAAGCAUUUUUGAUGUGGUUUCUUAGUGGAAAAAUUGCAAGUGGAAUUUAUGCAUUGUUUAAUUUGGAAUAUUUAUGAUUAAUGGCAUCAUGAUGAAAGCAGGAUGCAUUGCUUCGGAUUAUAUUUUCAUCAUCUUAGUGCAAUAUUUUUAUUGUCAGAUGUUUAGUAAGUUUUUACAAAUUGCUUUUAAAUUCUGUGCAAGCCUUCCAUGAAUCUUGCAACAUGAGAAAGGGAUGUUCCGAGUACAUAAUAUGAACUGAUAGAUUUAUGGUAAAUCUCGAAAUAUUUCAAAAUUUUAUCUGUUUAGUUAAUGACCAAUUACAGGCAUAUCAAUCACCAAAUUAUCAUUUACAAUAGGAUUACUUCAAAUACUUUUUGAAAAAAGAACUGUUUCCUAUUUAAUCAUGGAUAGGAUAUCAAAAUUAUGCGAAGAAUGUUGCUUUUGGUUAAGGAUUAUAUUUAGGGCAAGAAUACACGCAAUGAAUUUAAUUUACGUUAACUUCAACAAUCCCUUUUUCAUGGUGGCAAAAUGGAUUGUCAAAGAAAAGUUUAGUAACUCCAAUUCAUAACCUGUCAUUAGGUUAGCUGCAAGUUCUCUUUAUAAGAGAUUUCAUUAGUUUUGUAUGGACAAUAUUCAUUUCCAAUUAUUGGUGUCAGUUCUUCAACAGAUAAAAUCACUUUAUAAAUGUAUAGAAACAUGUAGGAUCUCUUAUGAAGGUCACUUUUAUAACUCUUGGCCAUUUAAAUUGGGCAAGUAAUAAUUAUUUUUACAUAGCAAAUUAGGCAUGUAGUAUUGUCAUUGAAAUUGUCAUUUGACGAGAGAUAGUUCCAUUUUUUGAAUGGAUGUAGAAGAAAUAUAGUGGGAAAUUAAUGUUAUUGAUGGGUUGUCUGCCUGUUGGGGUAGCCCCAAUUUAAUCACAUGAAACAUUUUGAGUGGCAUUAAGCCUUAAGGCAAUUAUCUGGCUACCUUAUCCAAGAAACUUUCCCAUGAAAUAUUGCAAUAUGUGAAUUAGAAUACAUCAAUAUUAAAAGUACAAGAAAAAUAUGUAAAAGAAAAAUUUUACUAUUUUAAUAAAAUAUGUCUCGACUUUUUAUUGAGUUUUUAUCUUCUCUCACACUGUAUGUGACCAAAAACAAUCCAAUGUAAGUCAUUCAUUAAAAUAAACAUAUUUCUCUUGCUUUCA